AUGGUUUCCUCUCUCAUUGAUCCGACCACUAGAUGGUGGAAAGCAGAAGUUCUUCGUGCCACUUUUCUUCCAUUUGAGGUGGAUACCAUUCUAAGGAUUCCGCUAAGUUAUAAUUUGCCGGAAGAUAAGCUUAUAUGGAUUGGAAAUAGGAAAGGUGAAUUUUUGGUGAAAAGUGCUUAUCAUGUUGCCCAUAGCAUAGUUGAUGCUUCUGAAGAGGGUGAAAGCUCUUCUGGGGAUCCUUAUAGACAGCUUUGGUGGAAUUUAUGGCAUCUAAACCUCUUGGCAAAAAUUAAAAUUUUUGCCUGGAGGGCUUGUGUCAAUGGUUUGCCCACCUGUGCUAAUAUAAGCAAAAGAAGGAUCAAUUGUAGUACUGCUUGCCCCAUUUGUGGUUUGGAACCUGAGGAUAUAAAUCAUGCUCUCCUCCAUUGUGAGGCGGCCUCCCUAGUAUGGAGCUUAUGGCUAGAUUAUCCCAGACCUCCUCAAGGUCACCAUUGGUCAUUCUUAGACAUGGCCUUACAUUUAAACCAUUCUAAUGCCCCACAAGCCCUGGACUUCUUUUUUGUACUAUCAUGGGCCAUUUGGUCAAAGAGAAACAAAUUAGUGCAUAAUGAUUCUCCACUUUCUGCACCUCAGGUUUGGACUUUGGCAAACAGUUCCUUGGAGGACUUCAAAAAUGUUGCUGCUUCCUUAGACAUCCUUCCCCCAAGGCAUUCUCAAAACAGAUGGGAGGCUCCUCCUCAAGAUGUUUUCAAAGUUAAUGUUGAUGGGGCUACAUAUUACAAGGAAUUCAGCUUGUGUGUGAUUCCUUUGAGUUUUGCAUUUUUAAGCAUGUAA